GAUGUCUACCCUCACGCUCCCAGAAUCCCUGGCAUGGGACAUCAAGCUUCCGAAGCUCACGACUCAAUACAAGUCAGUUUACUUCACUCUCGAUGACGGUAGCAGCGGCUUCGCUCAGCUGGCAUGGGGUAACCUGGGACUCGGCAUUAAAGUUGCGCCGAUGGCAUAUACCUUUUACAAAGAAGGCAUUGAGCCAGUUGUGGAGAGUGUGACAAGUCUCGCGGGUGGAUUCUCCCUCUCAGCGGACUGUCAGUCGUGUACUCUAAAGCAUGGCACGGGGAUGCAUGCGUUGACGUUGCUGCGCCCUGAGUCGGAAGGUGGAGCAUGGGCUUACCGUUUGGUCAUUGAGGGCGUUGUGAAGUACGAUCUAGUGUUCACAUUCAGAACUAAAGGCUACAAGGUUACCGACUUCAACCAUACUCUUCCAGCAGGAACAUCUCAGGAUGUCAUCUCCCAUGCCGUUAUCCCUCUCUGUGACGUGAAGGGCACAUACCAGGUUCGGGGAGAGCAGCCGGUAGAAUGCGCUGGUCAAGGAAGCUUCGUCGAAGCAAUCUUCUCAAAGACAAAGUUCACGGAUAUGGGAGACCGAUGGAAUGCAUUCUUCCUUCGUGACCGAGACACCAACUCGGUUUUGCACAUGCUUCAAUUCAUCCCUCGCGGCUCGGCAAAGUCGGGCGAUGAGAGGAGGUUCGUCCAUGGCUCUGUCACGCUGGAUGGGGUUACUCGUGCGAUCACGUCGGGUUCGAACAACAGUGUUUUGCAUGGCGACGCUUCGAUACACCCUGCUGUUACGGAAGGCAUCUUCCCUAUUCCACGGUCAAUCACCUACACCUGGUCCGGUGCCAAUGUCAAAGCCACAAUCACCACUGCUUUGUCAGAGAUGCCGACUUCGCAAACUGACGUGCUUGACUUCUUCCCAGGAUGGGCGAAGAGGAUUUUGCAGAGGUGGGCGGGAAGACCGUAUGUUUGCGUUUGGGCAGGCGAGGGUGAAGCAAAGGUUGAGAUCGAUGGAACCGAGAGAAUGGUGAAGGGAAGGACGCAUAACGAAGUGACCUUUGUGCACCCAUAGCAAGAGCUGCAGACGGUUCGAUGCACCGGGAGGCACAUCAGAGAGAGAACAACGAGUUUACGUCAGCGGUGUCAGGCGACGGUUUGGACAGCAAGGUCCUAGGUUGCUACGUUGACAUCAUCGAAAUAGUCACAGGAGUGGACAUUAGUAAUCCACAUUCGCAAUUUUAUACCAAUUUGACAUCAUGAUGGUCAUCGAUAAUCUUGACGCUCGUUAUCGAAC